UGCUUCUGUCUCCCCUCGAGGACCUUGUUAUUAACUGCUUAGAAAACAAAUAAAUACAUAUACGUCAAUGGAGGACUUUUGGUUUUUUGCUUGAGUUCUUUUAUUAGAAAAGUGGAGAUAAGGUAAAGGUCAUCUGUGAUCAAAAAUAAGUGUGAAACAGGCAUACUGUUACACUGGUGUCUGCCGUGACUAUAAGCAGCUGAGCUCCCAGCUGAAACCUGUAAGCCCCUUCCUUCUGAGGUCUUGGUGCUUUCUCAGGCUCUCCCACUGUCCUGGUUACAAGGGGGCCUCUGCCUGCCCUCUUCUCCCUUCACGAGGGGCAUGGGGGGAGUGGGGACGGUCCUGGACCUUCACGGAAUAGAUGAGGGCGUCCCCGAGAGCAGGGCUGAGUGUGAAUGGUAGGAGAUGGGUAGACGGGAUGCUGAGAUGCAGAGAGGCGGCCGUUGCAGGCCCACGUGGUCCUGGGACGCAGAGCCAUUUGUUGGGGGCUGGUGGUUCUGUCACAGGGGCUGGUGGUCCUGUCACAGGUUGCUGAACCCCAGCUUAAUGAGAUGCACCCCCCCCCUUCCCCGGCCGCAAGUCUUGAGAGUCCUGGGCACGUGGGGGGGUGCUUUGCUGAGCAGCCUUUCUUUAACCUGCGAAGCUGCACCGUCUGCAGCUGUGAAGCUGAGGUGUCUGGUUUGGAAAGUACACUUGUAAGUGGAGAUGAUAACCCUCAGCCCGCGGCUAACACUGAUUUCUCGUUUGUCUCCUUUCUGCAGCACGAACGACUCUCUAGGCUGGAAUCUGGAGGCAGCGACACGUCUACCGAGCGGGCCUCAGCCAGAGCCCGCCGCGAGGCCCGCGAGGCCCGCCUGGCCACCCUGAGCAGCCGUGCGGAGGACGGCAGCGGCAGGGACUACAGGAAGCUCUACGAGAGCGCCCUGACCGAAAACCAGAAGCUGAAGACAAAACUUCAGGAGGCCCAGCUCGAGCUGGCAGACGUGAAGUCCAAGCUUGAGAAGAUGGCGCAGAAGCAAGACAAGAUCCCUGACCGGUCGUCGGCACUGGAGACGGAAAAGCGGGAGAGGCGGGCCCUGGAGCGGAAGAUGUCAGAGAUGGAAGAGGAGAUGAAGAACCUCCACCAGCUAAAACAGAUUCAGACCUUGAAGCACAUGAAUGAGCAGCUGCAGGCCGAGAACCGGGCUCUGACCCGCGUUGUGGCCAGACUCUCGGAGGCCGUCGAGGGCUCGGACCCCCAGGGGCUCUAGUCCCGCCUCCCCCCCCUCCACUCCAGGUCCUGACGGAGCUGAAGUCCGACAACCAGAGGCUGAAAGAUGAAAACGGAGCCCUCAUCAGGGUCAUCAGCAAACUAUC